AUGGCCUCCUCCGUCGCGGCGUCCCUCCGCGCCCUCGCUGCCGCCUCCCUCCCCAAGCCCAGCCCCGCCCCUUCCUCCCCUUUCCUCGUCCUCCUCGCGCCGGCGCUGCCCCGACGCCUGCUCCGCCUCCGCUCCGCGCGCCGCCUGCUGCUCGCCCCGCUCGCCGCCUCCGACUCCGUCGGGGUUGACUACGCGGAGCCGGCCGAGUCGGAGCAGGAGGAGGCGUUCGCGCCGGAGGAGGAUGAGGGGGCGGAGGACGAUGCCGUAGAGGCCUCAACCGCCGUCGAGGACGAGGUAGAGGAGGAGGUCGGGGAGUAUGUUGAGCCGCCCGAGGAGGCCAAGGUCUACGUCGGUAACCUUCCCUAUGACAUCGACAGCGAGGGCCUCGCGCAGCUCUUCGAGAAGGCCGGCGUCGUCGAGGUCGCAGAGGUUACGUCUCUUCAACGCUUGUCGCUACUGCCUCCUCCUUAUCCUACUCUUCCUUGCCACGGAACAAAUUUCCUCAACUUACUGCACCACGGCUACUGUAGUGGCAUCGCACUGUAG